UCUCUUAACUUAAUCCAAAAUCCCAGAAAUUAAAAGACGAAAAUACCCCUCAAUUGUCGAAACAGAGAAGGGGAGAAAUAGAGAGAGACUCCGAGAAAGGUCAUCCCGAAGAUUUGUUCGCAUCUGAUUCCUCCGAUCUCCCAUGGCUAAGAGGUUUUAUUAACAACACUAUAAGAGCUUUCGCUGGGUGAAGGAGAGAGAGAGAAUAGAUCUCUUUUAACACCCUUCCCGCGCCUCGAUUAAACGUGUCAAAAGUCUCACACUUGAGUUUUCGAGAAGGAUUAGAAAAAUGGCAGAUGGGAUAUCGAGCUUCUGGGGUCCGGUGACUUCCACCAUAGAGUGUUGUGAGAAGAACUACGCCUACUCCUCUUACAUUGCAGAGUUCUACAACACCAUCUCCAACGUCCCUGGGAUCCUCUUGGCUCUCAUCGGUCUCGUCAACGCCUUAAGGCAACGGUUCGAGAAGAGGUUCAGCAUCCUCCACAUUUCCAACAUGAUCCUCGCUAUCGGCAGCAUGCUCUACCAUGCCACUUUGCAGCACGUGCAACAGCAGAGCGAUGAGACGCCGAUGGUGUGGGAGAUACUUCUCUACAUGUACAUCCUUUACUCGCCGGACUGGCAUUACAGAAGCACCAUGCCCACUUUUCUCUUCCUCUACGGUGCUGCUUUCGCUGCUGUCCACGCUUUCCUCAGGUUUGGGAUCGGUUUCAAGGUCCACUACGUGGUCCUUUGCCUUCUCUGCAUCCCUCGGAUGUACAAGUACUACAUUCACACCGAGGAUACCGCGGCUAAAAGGAUUGCCAAGUGGUAUGUCGCCACGAUUCUUGUGGGGAGUGUUUGCUGGUUCUGUGACCGUGUUUUCUGCGAGAGGAUAUCUCAGUGGCCUGUGAACCCUCAGGGGCAUGCCCUGUGGCAUGUGUUCAUGAGUUUCAACUCCUACUGUGCCAACACGUUCUUGAUGUUCUGUCGAGCUCAGCAGCGUGGAUGGAAUCCGAAGGUGAAGUACUUUCUGGGAGUUCUUCCUUACGUCAAGAUCGAGAAGCCAAAAACUCAAUGAGGGGGAAAAGAGCCCAGAAGAUCAUAAAUAUAGUUUUUUUUGUUCAUCGUUUUGUCAGAAAUUUCGACGUUGGUUUUCAUUUUUUGCAAGUGAAGGUACUCUCAGAGUCUAGAAUUUUUUUUGUUCUUUGUAUUAGUUUUCUUGGGGAUGAAUGGAUGAUGAUCUUAUGAAGAAUUGAUUUCUUAACUUGCUGAAA